UCCGGAAGCCAUAGACAUGUGUACAUGCUGGUAGUAUGUGCUCUUCCUCAACAGUUCACUCACAUUAGCUCACUGUUUUUAACAGUGUACCGCUUUUCUGUCUCUUUUUAUUUUUUUGUAGUACGAUGCUUCCCGCAGCUGCAAUUUUUCAUUUCCCCUGGGAAAUAAACUCAGUGAAGGAAGGAGGUUCAGUGAGAACAUACGGCAGGCUUGUCUGCUAUCAGCCUGAGGAGUCCAGGGCUACACUGUCAGCUCAGCAUGCUUCAAAAGAGCACCAUGUGGUUGUCCACACGUUGUUUGUGGAGCCAUUUAACCCAAUAAUUGGGGCUCAGUACAUAGUUCUGGGUGAGACAGAAAAUACUGAGGGGAUUGGUGUGAUGGUUCGUGCCCGUGUGCUGAACUGUGUUGAUGGUGUAAACAUCGCCCUUCUACAGAAAGCCAUCAAUGAGCAGAGGAGCUUCUUCAGGGAGAGGGAAUGUAAGCAGGGUAAACCUGCAUAGCCUGCAGAUGCAACCUGAGCAGCAUCUUCAUUCAUCAAGUUUCCCAGAGUGUUGGUUGAUUGUCAGGACUCCAGCUCUGGCUCUUAAGCUGUUUGCCAAGGUGCACUGGAGUGCUGUUAUGUGAGCUCCAGUGAACUUAAAGACUGUUUGGUUAAGUGUUAAGUGUCUGGCCAUAACUGCACUUUAUCAGGGGUUUGACAAUUAAAAACCCAAAUUAAAGGACUGAUUAUGGAGGUUUCAAGUUCGGUCACUGAUGAACCAAGCAGAUGUUUAUGGAUCCAUGAUUUAUGAAUAUGAUGCCUUUUUUUGUUAUAUCUCUCAAAAUUCUGACAUCUGACAGACAUCCAUUUCAUAUGAUGAAAGUUACCAGUCUUAACAUUCUUGAUAUAACUUUAUGGUGUUCUAUCAUUCAAAAAGACUUUUUACAAGUAUUGUUACAGUAACUAUGUCAUGUAUGUGUUUAAAAUGGCAAAGAUUGCUUGCAAAGGUAUAAAUGCGAAAAUACUCCUGUUGAGCACUAUGCACGGAUCAGACUGUUAUAAAGAUGACUCUUAGGUUACCUAUUGGAUACUUUUUAGCAGCUAGGUAUAGUCUGGGCUGUUAGACCAGGACGUGCACUAUGACCCCAUGUUGUAACAAUAUUAAUAUUAAAAUCAAUAAAGCACUAAAAUGCACGUUGUCAUCUCAA